GUCUGCUAUGUAGUUAAAACUGUUAAAAGUAAUAUGACGCGUGUCUGCGAUACUUUACGCAAUUCUUUAAUUCCCUCUAUUUUUGUUGCAAACCUAUUUUAUUUAGUUUAUUUGAUCGAAAAUCGCAAGUAUCUUCAGUUAUAAACAAAAGUGAUGACGACGUAUCACGACGAAGUGGAGCUCGAGGAUUUCGAGUACGACGAGGACGACGGCCUGUACUACUAUCCGUGCCCUUGCGGCGAUCAGUUUCAGAUAUCGAGAGAAGAACUUGUAGCCGGUGAAGAUGAAGCAACAUGUCCCUCGUGUUCGCUUGUAGUUAAGGUGAUUUACGACGUCGACAAGUUUAAGGAGAAAUAUGGUGAGGUGAUAGAGGAAAAAGAUUUGGACGACUUCGAGUACGACGAGGACGCUGAGGUUUACUCUUAUCCUUGUUCGUGCAGUGACAGGUAUCUGGCUAAAAAGUCGGAUAUUUUAGUUGGAAAAACCGAGGCCAAGUGCUCAUCUUGUGACCUUAGUGUCAAGCUCACCUACGACAAGGAUAGCUUGUGCACCAAAUUCGAAGAGGUAGUCAAAAUCAGCGAAAAGAAGACCAUCAAACAGCACUUGUAAAGUGAGUUGCAGUUCUAACCUCUUUAUUGAUAGUUUUCCUUAAGCUUUGGUUUGUUUCGUUAUUUUUUUUGUUUUACUUUUUUUCAA